AUGUUGGAACGCAUAGCUAGCAACCUCUCUUCUGAGAGUCCACAGGAUAUUUUAAAUCCAGCUUUUACCACUUCGACCUCACCAUCAAAAGCUGCUGCUCCGAUCAACUCCUCUCCUCAAGGAGACUCCAGCAACCUUGUACAGAACAAAGGUUCCUCCAAUAUGGCGGUUCUGGCUGGGGCUUCUGAGCAGCAAGAUGAUCAGAGUACUUCUCCUCCUCUAAAAGAAACAAAUGAAGCAACGCUUCAUGAAUCUGCAGAGGCUUCACAAAGAACUUCUCUCCAAAAGUCCCCUCUCGAAACCCUUCAAGAGGACCCAAAGGACGCUCACGCUGAAGGAGAGAAAGCUGAUUCUGGUUAA